AUGGAAAUGUGUGAGCGGAAUCCUUUGAAUCCCGGCUAUGUUGGUUCUCUGUUGAAUUUUGCGCCCGCUGAGUCUCUCUAUUUCUCUAACUUGCGAGGUAAUGGAGCUCAUAUACCCGGGCUGCAUCAGCUCCCUUACAACAGGAGAGAGGUGUGCACGCUCCCGUGGACUUCCUCAAGUUCGUGCACGUCUGGACCAGCAGUACCACCACCACAGAGCCGCGCCUUUGGAGGGUACUGUCCACCGUUUCUGUCCAACUCGGUGUCUAUAAAUUCGAACUCGUCCGGCGGCCACGUUAAGGCGCAUUUGGAGGAGUCUGCUCGGUGCUUUCAGACAACAAACCACAAGACAGAGGAGGCUGGCAGACAAGAUGAAGUUUACGCAGGGGAGCACGGGGCCGCCAGUGACCGCGGUUACUCAGAUCUGGACAGCCGGUCUCACGGUUCUGCGGCCCAGCUCGAUCCGGAUUCAGCAGGAGGUCCACUGCAUGUGAACGGCACCAAACAGGAGCACCCAUCAUCAAGUCACACAUGCUCCAGGACGACUUUUGCAGAAGGUGCCCCAUGGUGCUCGUCACAAGUGAAAACCAGAAAGAAGAGAAAGCCUUACUCGAAGCCACAGCUGGCUGAACUUGAGAAUGAAUUUAUGAUGAAUGAAUUCAUCAACAGACAGAAACGAAAGGAGCUGUCAGACAGACUGGACCUGAGUGACCAACAAGUAAAAAUAUGGUUUCAGAACCGGAGGAUGAAGAAGAAACGACUGAUGAUGCGCGAACAAGUUUUCUCCGCGUACUGA